UCGUACAAAGACGAUAGUUCAUCGUCAUGUCAGUUAAAAUUAUUGUCAACUUUACUAUUCUAGUUUAUUGGUCUCUGUUUACUAUGUUCUGUGGUGCCUACAGCUAGUAUUUGUAUUAUUCUCGUCGCUAAAAAAGGAACGCUUCACAAAAUACAACGUAGGUCGAAGAGGUUAGGAAUUUUUAUUCUGAUUGGGAUUUUACCUCCGUCCCUUACGUCCUAUUCUAACGAGUAAAUUACUCCAAUACCUAGCUGUGAUUGAUACUUGGAAUUUAUCAAACACUUCAAAAUGCCGGAAAGCAACUUCUCUUUAUAUCGACCAGAUGCUAGAAAUAAUUUUGACGCCGUGAGACCUGCUCCGAUUUGCACCGAUGCCAGCCCAGCUAUGGGUCAAUGUCACAACAUUCACAUAUCUACAAACUGUUACUAUGGCUAUCAUGAUCCAAAACGAAUAGAAAACAUUCACGUAAACACAGAUUGUGAAAUGUUAGAACCUCAAAUUGAAAAGGGGUCGUGCCCAUUGCAGACAACCACGAGGAAACGGAGUGCUGACAAUAGCGAUUAUCCGAAGAGCAAGCGUUUGCGUGACGAGGGUAUGGUGUCAACAACAACCAACUACAAUCCAUGUUUUCUACGCCCGACCCACAACAAUCCAGAUAUAUCUCGUUGUCUCAUGGUCCAUAUGAUAUAAUCUCUUACGAAAUCUCGGCAAUGGCAUUCGAAAAUCUAAUUUAGAAAUGUCCAUUUUAUCUGCAGACAUGCAAAGAGAGAAAAGCAUUGAACCUGAGACACACGAGACCACAAAAUUGAACACAAGUAAUGAAGAUUUACUGGAGACUUUGUAUUGGAACAUUCAUGGUGGAAAUAUUUAUCAUUUGACACAGCAUGUGUCUGUGACAGAUACCAUAUUAUGUGAAAAUGUGUGAUAACUAUAGUUUAAAGUGAUUGGGACUUUAAGAAAAAUAUUAAUUUCAUACUUCGAUUUUUUGUUUAUAUUUCAAUCAUAUUUAGUGUAUGGUUUAAAAAUAAAUUUUAGUAGGUAAAGGGUGGGUUUUUAUUUUAACAAAACUAUCAGUAUAUAUGUAUAUUAACUUUAAUAUUAAUCAUUACACAAAGCACAUCACAUAAACCAUAACAAAAAAAAUUAACCUAAAUAUCAAGGGUAAACAAGAAUAGUAAUGUCAUAUUAUAAUAUUAUUUCCAGCCAUUCUUCAUCUCUCAGUUUAUAUCUGAAAAAGAAAUGUACUAAUUAUUUCUAUUUAUUUUGUUUUUCUGUUUCAGAUGCAGAUAAAGAAGAUUUAACCAUGUUUAUUUUCCAGGAUACACUCAAACAAAUAAUACCAGAUAAUGGUAUGUUUGAGUGUUUACAACGUUUUAAUGUAUUACUUUAAAAUCACCUUUUUGUUUUCCAGAUGAUUCUUCCAUAUGCAGCCUUGUUGGUACACGGUCAAGCCCAAGCCAUUCCGCUUCCGCCUUUAAUGUAAACAUGCCAACAUUUUAUAUGUUGUAUUUAACAUACAGAAUCAGCUUUAGGGUGACAGUCAAGUAGAUCUUAUUUUAGUUAGAACACUAUUGUUACGUUACUGUGAUAUUAUAACUUAUCUGUAAAUAAAAUCCAUUGUAUUUA